GGCGCGUCCACGCGUGUGCGCGCUCCGGGCGGGCUGCGGCUUGCAGAGAAGCGCAGAGAGAGCAAGAGAGAGAGCACGCCCGGCCGGGAGCGGAGAGAGAGCCCUGUAUACCGGGAGCUGUGAGAGACCUACCGAGACCCCCCCUCCCUCUCCUCCUCCUCCCCUCCCCACACAGCCAGCAUGUCGGCAGCGCAGGUCUCCUCGUCACGCCGCCAGUCCUGCUACCUGUGUGACCUGCCGCGCAUGCCGUGGGCCAUGAUCUGGGACUUCACCGAGCCCGUGUGCCGGGGCUGCGUCAACUACGAGGGAGCCGACCGCAUCGAGUUCGUAAUCGACACGGCCCGCCAGCUCAAACGCAGCCACGGCUUCCAAGACGGACGCUCCCCGGGGCCACAGGGGCCAGGAGCCGGCGGGGCCGCCAAGCAGCACCCGGCCGUGCAGGCAGCCCUGACCGCCAAGGACACAGCCCAGCUCAACCACCUGGACGGGGCCAGCAAGGCUGCAGCCGCCUCGGGGCUGGAGAGAUACGGGCUGUCCAGCGAGCGGGGGCGGUUCGAGUACACCCUGACUGCUGCCAGGCUCCCCAAUGGCCUAAACGGCUUCCCCAAACCGGGGGAGGAUGGGCCCCCUGAGCUCAACCGCCAGAGCCCCAACUCCAGAGGGCGAGCUGGCCAUGGAUUGAUCCCCCAGCUGGGGCCCAGUCAGCUGAGUGUCCCCCCAAACCUGCUCCCCCAGACUCUGUUAAAUGGGCCCCCCACGGCAUCCUCUUCAGGGGCCCCGCACGUCCUGGGAAGAGGUCCCGCUGGCUCCAGUGGCCUGAGCGGCCCGCCGCCACCUACGGCCUCGUCGUCUGGCGAUCCCAAGCGCCCGGGGUCUGUGUCCAGCACCGACCAAGAAAGGGAGCUGAAGGAGAAGCAGAGGAACAGCGAGGCUCUCUCCGAGCUGACCGAGAGUCUCCGGAACAGAACGGAAGAGUGGGCUGGGAAACCCAAGGCGGUUCGGGACGCUCUGCUCACGCUGUCUAGUUGCACCCCGUUUGAUGUCCGCUUCAAGAAAGACCACACUUUAUUGGGGAGAGUGUUUGCGUUUGACGCUGCAUCGAAGCCUGGCUUGCUGGAUUAUGAGCUCAAACUCUUUGUGGAGUACCCCAGUGGCUCACUCAACGUGUUCAGCUCUGCUUCUGGCGUAGCUAAGCAGAUGUAUCAGGACUGCAUGAAGGACUUUGGCCGUGGCCUUUCUUCUGGCUUUAAAUAUUUGGAGUAUGAGAAAAAGCACGGCUCUGGAGACUGGCGCUUGUUGGGGGACUUGCUUCCAGAGUCGGUGCGUUUCUUUAAAGAGAUGGUAGGAGCGGACAUGCUACCACAACCCUACCUUGACCCCGGCUGUCCCAUGUUGCCCAGUGCUCUGGUCAAUCUACCACGUGCCCUGGCUGCUGCAGCUGCUGCUGCCUCUUCAGCUGGGGGAAGCAGUCAGGCCAGAGGGGGUGCACGGAAACGCAAGGCUUCUCCAGAACCAGAUUCAGCUGAAGGACAAAUGUGGAUAACUGGUCAGCCAGAUGGUAUAAAACAACUCAGUUUAGCAGCUGCUGGCGGAACACCAUCCUCCUCGUCUUCAGCUUCAGCCUACGGUGGCCCUGCUCCGCCACCCCCACCUCCACCUCUUGGCCCUGGGCACCCACAGCGAACCACUCCACCUGAGAGUGCUCCUAAUGGCCCAUCACCUAUGGCAGCCUUGCAGUCUGUGACAGACACUUUGGGAACAGCUCACUCCCCUAAGGAUGGACAGUCAGGUGGGGGACCUGCAGUGCACUCCACCACUUCAUCUGCCCGCAGGAACAGCAGUAGCCCGGUAUCUCCUGCCUCUGUCACUGGACAGAGGCGCCUGAACUCUCGAAAUGGUGCUGGGUCUACAGAGUUAAGUCUGCAAGUGGCACCUACUGGGGGAGCUUCUCACCCGGGAAUGGACCAAGUGCACCCCCAGAACAUUCCUGACUCACCCAUGGCCAACAGUGGCCCCCUCUGCUGCACAAUCUGCCAUGAGCGUCUGGAGGAUACACAUUUUGUCCAGUGCCCAUCUGUUCCCAGCCACAAGUUCUGCUUCCCCUGCUCCCGUGAAAGUAUCAAAGCUCAGGGGGCAACAGGUGAGGUCUACUGCCCCAGUGGUGAGAAGUGCCCACUGGUUGGCUCCAAUGUGCCCUGGGCAUUUAUGCAGGGGGAAAUUGCCACCAUCCUGGCAGGGGAUGUAAAGGUGAAAAAGGAAAGAGACCCUUAAAAUGGGCGCCAAUUGGGCAUAGACACAUUAUCUUGCAAAGGAUUCCUUGUCUCAUUAAUGUAUAUGUACAGUUCCUCAUUUAUAACCUACAGCCCAAGGACAAGCUCUGAGGAUGGGGCCCGAUGUAAAGGGGACACAUGGCUUUGAGAUUGAGAAUGUAAUUGGGCACCUCCACAACAACCCAAAUCUGUUUUGUUCCAGUACUUGAGGAAUCCCUUACUGUUUUACAAAUAUUAAAAUGUGGUCCCAGUGCUCCUCAACAUGUGGUGGAGAAGUCUGUGGGGUGGGGGGGGGGGUGAUUGGAUUCGCAUAACCAUGAAACAUAACACUUUGUAAUGUUUGCCCUUCAAGGAAUAACUUGCUGGAAUUUGUAAUUAACAUGAAAUCAAAACCUGCCCGUGGGACAGAACCAGGAGGCCCUAAAAUGUGUAUAAACCCCCAAGGGACAAGGCAGGACAAGGGGUGCAAGCAGUUCCUGUCGAUGUAUGAAUUGACUCUUGGGCUGGACGGUCACACGAACUUUAGUCUUAUGCACAGACCAUUGUUGUUGUGUUUCAGUACAUUGAAGCACUGGUAAUGUAAACUUCAUUUGAAAAGUGAAACAGGUGACAUAUUUGGGUAAUGCGGGAUAUUAUCUGUUGUUUCUAUUUUUCAUUUAUUUUAUUUUUUUUAACCGCUUUUGUGGCAGUGUGACCACUGGGUAAAGGUUUAUAGCACUUAGCGAUGCUGCUGGUGUGUAAUUUUUUUUUUUUUUAAAUGUACGCACUUCUCUCCAGGCCCUGGGGCAGACCAUAAACAAAUACAAUUUAGUAUGUAGAAUAAAGGGAGGGGGUGGGAUUUUUUUUAUUUAAUUUUUUCCCCCUUUAGCUGGUGUCUUUGUACCACUUCACACUAUUUUCCCCUUUUCAGCUUUUGUCCUGAUACUGCGGGUGGGUGUUUAUAAUCUAGUGUAAUUAACAUAUUGCAGGUUGCUGCAGGUCUAAUUGGUUUAACCUGUUGAAUGCUGGCAGUAAUUGAUCUGUCCCUUGGCCAGUAAGGGGUUCCACAUUUAAUUUUCUUUUUUUUUUUUGCACGGGCGCUUUGAGCAGUAGAGCAAGUUGCUGUCUGUACAUUUCGGGUGGGAUAAACUUUUCUUUGUCCAGAAUACAUUUCUGUAGUAUAACAGACCACUGUUAUGUGCCUUGGAGCUGAUUACAUUGUAAUAAAUCUGAUUCAUAUUA